AAUCUCUCAUAUCCACCAUCGCCCCUUUAAGACCGGUCCCCACCCGCUAUCACCGCUUUAAAACAAUAGAGAAGUCCUCCAAGCCGGCUAGAGCGGACGACUUCCGGCGGCGCUCCGCCCUGACUUCCGGUUUACUCACUGUUUCAAAAUGGCCGCCCCCUCCUUUUCGAAAAUGGCGGCGCCCGCAUUGGAGCGGAUCCUGUCGGAUCUCCUGGAACCCGACAGCGCCGGGAUCCGCCAGGCCACGGAGCGGCUGCGAGAGGCGCUGGAGGAGCCCGAGGGGCCCGAAGGCCUCGCGGAGCUGCUGAGGGGGGCGGGGAGGCCGCAGAUCCGACACUUGGCCGCUGUUCUGCUCCGGAAGCGCCUCAGGAAGCUCCCUCAGGAGUUGAUUGACAGGCUCCCUCAUGUCAUCGUUGAGGCCUUGGAUCGAGAGACAGAUUCUUGCAGCAGAGGGGCCCUGGGGCAGCUCGGGGCGAAGCUGCUGCUCCUGGGGGGCCCCAAAUUUUGGGAACCGGUGGAAAAAUGGAUCCAGGAGGCGGCGAGGGACCCCCAGAAAAUGGAGGGGGCACUACGAGUGGUGGGCGUGGCCGUGGGCGUGGCCGGCCCCGCCCUCUCCCGCUCUGGCCCCGCCCUCCUCUCCCUUUCCCGGGGGGCCCUCAGAGCUCGGGGUGACCCCGGAGCCGCCGGCGCCGCCCUGGGGGCCCUGGGGGCGCUCGUGGCCCUCGUGGGACCCAAAAAAACGAAUUUGCUUCGAUCUCUGGUCCCCGAGGUCCUGGCGGCGCUGGAGGAGCUGCUGAACCUGGAUGAGGAGCGCGGGGCCGACGCUCUGGAGGUUUUGGAUGAAUUCCUGGAAGCCAAUCCUGAAUCCCUGAUCCCACACCUGAAGCCCAUGCUGGAGCUCUGCCUGCAGGUGGCCGGGGACGAGUGCAGGGGCGACACCGUGAGGGUUCGGGCCUUGGCCACGCUGACAUUCCUGGCCCAGAAGAGACCCAGGGCCCUGCUCAGGGGGUCCCUGCUGGCCCGGCUGCUCAGGGGGCUCCUGGUUCCCCUCUGUGCCCCAAUGAGGCCCCAAAGCCCCGACCCCGAGGAGAGCUGGGGGGGGGAGGGGCGGCCCUGCCCCCGCCACGGAGCCGCCCAGGUUCUGGAUGCUCUGGCCCAGGGGCUGCCCCCAGAAAAGCUGCUCAAGGAAUUGUUGCCGCUGCUGGAGGGGCCGGGCCGAGGCGCCUGCGCCGGCGGCCGCAAGGGGGCGCUGCUGGCGCUGGCUGCGCUUGCGCGGGGCUGCGGCUCCGCCCUCCGCCAGCGGUACCUGGGCGUGGUCCUGGGGGCCCUGCGGGCGGGGCUGGGAGACCCCGAGGGCGCCGUGAGGGGAGCGGCGGCGGCGGCGCUGAGGGAGCUCAGGGAGGAGCUGCAGCCCGAGGUGUCCGAGGUGGCCGCCCAGGCCCUGCCCGGGGUUUUGGGGCCUUUUUGGGGCUCCCCGGGUUCCCCAAACUCCGACCCCAAAUCCUGGUUCCUGCUGGAGACGCUGCUGGAGGCGCUGG